AUUUUUAUUAACUAGAGAAACGCAAGCGCAGGACACCUUAAUAUUUGUUUACGCUAGGUUCUCGUUCUGCUGUUCUCGGAUCAGAAGGUCAAGUCGAGCUUGGGUAAAGUUUCUCCUGGAAGUUCUCCCUCGAGAAGAGAACUUUAUAGAGUGGAAGAAUCAUGCAAUGGAACAGUUUCCUUAGCACGUAGUUUAGACUUGCCAUCAACGUUCUCGAUUUCUCGACCGAUAGCUAGUCGUGAAUUUUUUACCAAAUUUCAGAAGCUUGCGAUUGUAGCAGAUUGAUAUUCAGGACAGAUUUGUGCCCCUGUUUUUAUUCCAAGACUGUCCGUUAUGUACGUGCAGGUAGUCUGCCCUUUUUUUGCAACCUUAUCUAGUCUUCCUUCCCUUCCAACCCCCCUCCUUUUUCUCACCCCUCCCCUCCCCCCUUAACGAUGCCGCAUGAAAGCAGUGCGAAAUUGUCAUCACUCGCGUAUCCUCUUCAAUCACGAACUCGAGACUAGAGAGAUGCGCAUUCUGGUAUAUACGAGACCAUAUGGAAUCAGAGAAGGAUUAUUGUGGUUAAACUUCAAUCAUUUAUUUGUAACUAUCAAAUGUAAAACAGGAGUAAAUGUAACCGUGUCUAAAGUCUUUCUCGUCGACUUUUGUGACUGCGAAACAAGAGCAGGACAGUUACCCCUUGGUGGGCGGUUGACGUCAGACAGACAAACGAGUAGAUAUUAAACGUCGCUUAUUUUACUUGGCACGGGAUCCUUUUGACGAAGACGGCGUACUCUGUUUGUGUUUCUCUCCAAACAAUGAAGUUUUCCCUGUACUUGGCCCCAGUUAUUUUCAUUUGCUGUGGCUUUUGGACACGGGUGUAUGGUUGCAGAGACAACAAUCGACUCUGUCGUACCUGGGCCAAUAAUGGAGAAUGCAGGAAAAAUCCACGGUACAUGAACGUUAACUGCAAAUUAAGCUGCGGAGUAUGCGCUCCUUCCAUAGCUGCAUGCUAUGAUGGCAAUCGCUAUUGCCGUGGCUGGACCCGAAGGGGAGAAUGUCGCCGAAACCCCGCAUACAUGAAGAUGUACUGCAAGAGAAGCUGUGGAUGGUGCCCUGUAAAUGGUAACUGGGGUUCCUGGGGUGCAUUUUCUUCCUGCUCCAAGAGUUGCGGGACUGCUGGAACCAUGAGCAGGAGACGGACAUGUUCUAAUCCUGCCCCUCGAAAUGGGGGCCGUACCUGUACAGGUGCCUCUGUGAACUACUAUCAAUGCAACCGCACGCCUUGUAAAGUACCAAUCAACGGAAACUGGGGGGCUUGGCGCCAGUGGUCGACGUGUACAAAAACCUGCGGAGGGGGUGAAAAGAGCAGAUCACGGACAUGCUCUAAUCCAGCCCCAAAAAAUGGAGGACGUGCGUGUGCAGGGUCCUCUACUGAGUCCCAGGCUUGUAACACACUACCUUGCAAAGUGCCAGUUGAUGGAAAAUGGGGAGUCUGGGGCAAAUGGACCACUUGUUCGAAAACCUGUGGAGGCGGUUACAUGUCAAGGAGCCGCACAUGUAGCAACCCAGCCCCACAGAAUGGGGGUCGUCCCUGUCAAGGACCCAGCUCUGAAACAGCUCGUUGUAAUGAUCGGAAAUGUCCAGAAACGUGUGGCAACUCGAACAGUCUGGGCCGUAUUGUUGGAGGUCAGGUGGCUUCCAAUCGGGACUGGCCGUGGCAAGUUGGGCUCCAGACUCUUACCGAUGACUUUAUUUUUUGUGGCGGAUCGCUUCUUAAUCGGGAGUGGGUACUGACCGCUGCACAUUGUAUUUACCGUAAAAAUCCGAGCAGGAAAGGCUGUGUAGCACCGAAUCCGGGUUUGAGAAUCAUCAUUGGAGAAUUUGAUGUCGAUAACAUUGAAGGGCAUGAGGUUCAAAAAAAUAUAGCCCAAAUUUGUAUGCAUCCCAGUUACGAUCAUAGCAUCUUCGACUAUGACAUUGCUCUUCUCCGCUUAUCCACCCCCCUGCCGGGAUAUAACGAGACCAUGAGUCCCAUCUGUUUACCAACCGCUUCCAGCAACUUCCCCCCGGGCACAAACUGCUCAGUGACCGGGUGGGGCAGAACCCAUCAAUCCGGUUGGACGUCGAAUAAACUCCGAGUAGCCCGGGUUCCUAUUAUCGAGCAUGCGCGCUGUAAGCAGCAGUACCUGGAGAGUACCGGGGAUAUUGUCACAGACCGUAUGAUCUGCGCCGGGUACGAGCAGGGGAAGAUAGACAGCUGUAAAGGGGACAGCGGAGGGCCUUUUGUGUGUCUGGAGAGGGGCAGGUACGUCCUCGUUGGAGCCACAAGCUGGGGAGUCGGUUGUGCACAAGCCAGAAGGCCUGGUGUUUAUACUGAUAUCAAGGACUUUUUGCCGUGGAUUCAAGGAGUGAUUUCUCCAGAAGUGCCCUAACAAUUUCACGCAUGCACUUUCUGCCAUCAACACCGCUUGGCAUCUAUAAACUGAAGAAACUAUGUAUACUUGCAUUUCUGCCAACCAAAUAGCACAAUUGUUUGCUUGAUAGAGCAGUUUUCAAUUGAAUGUCUAAAAUUGUCCGAGAUGUUUCGGUGUUUUCUUUUUCGCUCUGUGAUUGGUCCAGAAAACUCGCCCUACUCUCUCAACCAACGCUUUUCAGGUAGUUUUAGUUAUAUUUACUCUAAGCUCUCGUUGGCUCUUACUUUGCUAGCCUGUUCAGGAGUACAGCUCGCUAGUAAACAGCGCAAUUGUAGCAGAGGAGUAUAAAACGAGAGAAGUUUGGGUCUAGUUUGCAUGUUGUAGAUUAACGACUGUUAUCAAAAUAAAUUUUAAAAUCAAUGAUAAGAGGGGCGAAUUUCGUUACAUAUCAAGAAACCUAAAUCAAAAUUUAGAUUAACAAUGCGAGUAAACAGUUUUAAAACUUAAUUUAAUCUCUGUUGGACAAAGAAUUACAUCUUGUUUCAGUAAAUUUUUUUCCUUCAUAAAUAAUCACUACAAUGUAAGGAAAUUACAUAUGAAGUGUAUUUACACUCUCAUGACACUACCUUAAUAAAGGAUGCUAAGACUUGGGCGAA